UAAGAUCUUCACUUCUACUUUCUCAAGUCCUUAUUCUUGGGUGUGUAUAUAUGUCUGAGAGACCAUUUGCAAAUAGCAGGUUCCUCAACAAAACAAAACAAAAUGAAGACUUUCUUAGCUCAGGUCGAGGAAGGAAAGGAAGGAAAAGAUGGGAAUCCUUCCGUUGGUCCUGUUUAUCGUAACGUACUAUCAAAAGAUGGAUUUCCUCCACUUGAUUCUGAUAUGAUCACUGCAUGGGAUAUUUUCAGCGUAUCUGUAAAGAAGCAUCCUGGAAAUAAGAUGCUUGGUUGGCGUAACUUUGUAGAUGGGAAGGUGGGACCUUAUGUCUGGAAGACUUACAAGGAAGUGUAUGAAGAAGUUUUGCAGAUUGGUUCUGCAUUAAGAGCAAAUGGAGCUAAAACUGGAUGCCGUGUUGGAAUUUACGGAGCAAAUUGUCCUCAAUGGAUUGUGGCUAUGGAGGCUUGCAGUGGCCACAGCUUGGUUUGUGUGCCUCUUUAUGAUACACUUGGUCCUCGUGCUGUCAAUUUUAUUAUAGACCAUGCAGAGAUCGAUUUUGUUUUCAUCCAAGAUAAAAAAGUGAAAGAAUUGUUGAACCCAGAUUGUGAAUCUGCUUCACGGCUUAAAGUGAUUGUUUGCUUCACUUCAUUAACAGAGGAAGAGAAGGACAAAGCAGCUCAAAUGCAGAUAAAAGCAUACUCAUGGGAAGAGUUUCUAUACUUGGGGAAAGAGAAUCCAUCAGAAAUAGUGCCACCUCAGCCUCUCAACAUUUGCACAAUAAUGUAUACAAGCGGCACCAGUGGAGAUCCCAAAGGUGUUGUCUUAACACAUGAAACAAUAUCCAAUUUUGUCAGAGGAGUUGAUCUAUUUUUGGAGCAAAUGGAAGACAAGAUGACAGCUGAUGAUGUGUAUCUAUCUUUCCUGCCCCUUGCACAUAUACUUGAUCGUGUGACUGAGGAAUACUGUUUCCGAAAAGGUGCUUCUGUCGGCUACUAUCAUGGGGAUUUGAAUGCACUGAGAGAUGACCUGAUGGAGUUGAAGCCAACAUUUUUAGCUGGUGUACCUCGUGUCUUUGAAAAAAUACACGAAGGUAUAAAAAAGGCACUAGAAGAACUGAAUCCUGUAAGGCGGCGAAUCUUCGAAGCUCUGUAUAAAUACAAACUUGCUUGGCUGAAUAGGGGUUACAAGCAGAAAUAUGCUUCACCAUUGGCAGAUUUGUUAGCCUUCAGGAAGGUGAAAGCUAAAUUAGGCGGUCGUAUUCGAUUAAUUGUGUCUGGUGGUGCACCUUUAAGUCCUGAAGUGGAAGAAUUCUUACGGGUUACUACUUGUGCUUUCAUGCUUCAAGGCUAUGGGUUGACAGAAACCUGUGGACCAAUCACCAUUAGCUUUCCAGAUGAAAUGUGCAUGAUGGGUUCUGUUGGAUCUCUGGGUUUAUAUAAUGAGAUCCGACUGGAGGAGGUUCCAGAGAUGGGCUACAAUCCGCUUGGGAAUCCAUCAUGUGGUGAGAUAUGCGUGAGAGGACAGACUCUGUUUUCCGAGUACUACAAGAAUCCUGAACUGACAAGAGCUUCCAUUAAAGAUGGCUGGUUUCAUACAGGGGACAUAGGUGAGAUUCUUCCAAUUGGAGUUCUGAAGAUUAUAGACAGGAGGAAAAAUCUUGUAAAACUUUCCCAAGGAGAAUACGUUGCAAUUGAGUACCUGGAAAAUGUUUACGGGAUCACUCCAAUUGUUGAAGAUAUAUGGGUCUAUGGAGACAGCUUCAAGUCGAUGCUAGUUGCAGUAGUAGUGCUCCAUGAAGAAAACACUAAACAAUGGGCAGCUUUCAAUGGUCACACUGGUUCAUUCCAUGAACUCUGUUCUCUUGAUCAGCUACAGCAACAUGUGCUUGCAGAACUGAAGUCUACAGCUCAGAAGAACAAGCUGAGAGGUUUUGAAUAUAUUAAAGGAGUGAUUUUGGAAUCUCGCCCCUUUGACAUGGAAAGAGAUUUGGUGACUGCAACAUUGAAGAAGAAAAGAAAUAAAUUGCUCAACUAUUAUCAGGGGGACAUCGAUGAACUUUACAGAAAACUGGCUGUCAGAAGAGCACAAUCAUGAAUCUGUCAUCUGCAGCCUUCGUUGGGGGACGCCUGUUGCUCUCUGCAGAAGAGAACACUGCACAGUCAAUGUCAAUAAGCAGAGUCUCUGUGCCGGUUUAUAUGAACCCAAAAUCACAUGUAUUUAUUUGAAUAAUGUAGAUUCAGUAUACGUAAGAACUUUUCGUUUCGUUGUUGCAACGUUUACACUGAUCAAUUUCAUAAUAAUCUAUAUAUUAUUUUUCA